UUCUUUAGACUCGGUCACACUGUUUUUAAAAACAACAAGCAACCAUAAAAAAAUUGGGGAAAUAUUUACAAUUAUGAAGUCUGAAAAACUGAAAAGAAACUUUUGGGUUUCCGCUGAGAUAGAAUGCAUGCUCGACUUGAUAAAGGAAGUUAAUAACUGCCAAGGAGCCUUGUCUACAAGCACAACACAAUAUACAUUUAUCCAAAUUGCAAACCAAAUGAAGAAACGAGGAUUUCCGAAUAAAUCGCCCACACAAAUCCGAAGAAAGUGGUUUCAAAUGAAGAGUGCUUAUCUAUGCUAUAAGAAGGGCAAAGUUGAUCGGCUAUUUCUAAUCCCCGAGAAAUUUCGUAAUGUUAUCGCCCAGUUUGUUGAAAGUGGUGAAAAAAUUGGACGUUCGAACUUGUCAACAAUUUCGACAGGAACUCCGGCUAUAAUGCAACAAAGCCAAGAAGUUCUUUCAGAUGAAGACACUUCUGUCAUGGAUAAAUUCUUUAAUCAAAUCAGAAGGAACAAUAAAAUGAUCAAUUCUGAGUAUCUUAAGUUGGAGGAAUCAUUACAGCAAUAUGAGCAAAAAUGUCAAUUCAUUCGAGACAGGAAUCUCAUAAAUCUUAUAGAUAUUUAUAGUUAAUUCGAUUUCUGUUAUUAAAUUAGGAUAAAUUGUCUUUAAAAUAUUUCAUAGAAUUAAAUAAUCUGUAAUACAAACAAGGCAAUGAAAAAACCUUGAUUUUAUUUAACUAAAAUAAAUAAAUAAAAAAAAUGUAUAGUUUAGAAAUAUUUUUAAACAAAUGAAAA